CAUUUGGAUCCAUCCUCUUGGAAAGUAGAAUAUUCUAUCAUUUAUUUCAGUUUUAAAAGAAGGGAUGGGAAUUAAUUUUCUGCUCCAUUGUGAGGCAAAAUCCCCAGUCUGUCUACAAAAUAUAAUGUGUUUAGAUGGCACUACAUGAAAGCUAAUAACAACCUCUCUGUUUCUUCCCUGAAGAUUUAACGGGACUAAAUGGGCCAACAGAAUCUAACAUUGUUGACAGAAUUCAUUCUGAUGGGAGUCACAAGGUGGCCUGAGCUGCAGGUUCCCCUGUUUUGGAUCUUCCUCAUCAUCUACACAGUCACAGUGGUGGGCAAUCUGGGUAUGAUCAUCUUGACCCAGGUGGACUCCCGCCUACACACACCUAUGUAUUUUUUUAUCAAACACCUGGCUUUCAUUGACCUUGGUAAUGCUACUGUCAUUUGUCCCAAGAUGCUGGUAAAUUUUGUUGUAGAUCAAAAUACCAUUUCCUAUUGUGCAUGUGCCACACAGUUGGUUUUCUUCCUUACGUUCGUAAUCAAUGAACUUUUCAUCUUGUCGGCCAUGGCCUAUGACCGUUAUCUGGCGAUCUGUAACCCUUUGCUCUACAGUGUGAUCAUGUCCCAGAGACUUUGUCAUGUGCUGGUAGGCAUUCCAUACCUCUACAGCACUUUGCAGGCUCUAAUGUUCACUGCCAGGAUUUUUACAAUGACCUUCUGUGGCUCUAACGUCAUCAGUCAUUUUUACUGUGAUAGUGUUCCCUUGUUACGUAUGCUCUGCUCAAAUGCAAGAGAAAUAGAAUUGUUGAUCAUACUAUUUUCAGCAUUGAAUUUGAUCUCUUCCCUCCUGGUAGUCCUAGUGUCCUACAUACUCAUUCUGAUAGCCAUAUUUCGAAUGCAUUCUGCAAAGGGCAGGAAAAAAGCUUUCUCUACAUGUGGCUCUCAUCUGACAGUGGUAGUUGUAUUCUAUGGGUCUCUACUGUUUACGUACAUGCAGCCCAAAUCCACUCAUUCCUUUGACACUGAUAAAAUGGCCUCUGUGUUUUACACUUUAGUGAUCCCCAUGCUGAACCCAUUGAUCUACAGCUUAAGGAACAAAGAGGUAAUAAAUGCCUUCCACAGAGUCUUUAAGAAUCAGUGUAAACUUUGUAUCUAAUAUUUAAUAUAGAAUGUUGUUCUAAUAAACUAUGAU